AACUCCAUCUCUCUAAAAUAAUUGAGAGAUCUUGCGCAACUUCAUCACCAGUUCCACCAAUCACCCAUCGAGUUUUCGAGAAGAUGCAACAUGAUGGCUAUGGAGAAAUCGGGGUGGCGGAGAUUGUCACCGCCACCAUCGUGGGGCUUGCGGCCACCUUUGCCCGUCUACGACUUCAGAGGCCAGGCGGUUCUAGACUGCCAAAGGAUCACGACCACGUCGUCCCCCAAUUGGACAGGACCCGGUCAGGCCACCUCGCAAUGCUCGAGAGCUUCUCCAACUAUGUUGCUAGGCAAUUGGGGUUUAAAGACGAGAGCGAGUGUCCACAGCUGAGCAAGCUAGCGAUCGAGUACUUGAAGAGGAGCAAAGGGUGUGAAGAGAACAUCUGCGAGUUCUUUGCUAAUGCAGAAGAGGCGGAUUCACUUUGCGAGAAGCUUGUGGAGGAGCUCGAGAGAUGCAUCCUCAGCUACUUUGCAUUCCACUGGAGCCAAGCUUCAUCCAUGAUAAAUCAGGUGUUGAGUACUGGCACUGAGAAGAAGACGAAGCUGAAGGACUUCGUGUUGGCAGCAACAAGGAAACAGAGAUUUGAGAGGGUGACCGAGAACUUGAAGGUAACGAGGGUUUUCUCCACAUUAGUGGAAGAGAUGAAGGCGAUAGGAGGGUCCGUGCACAAAGGCGGCGACGAGUGCGUGGACGUGAUGGCCCCGGUUGUGCACUGCCAGAGAAGCCCGGUCCUCUUGCUCAUGGGUGGCGGCAUGGGAGCAGGGAAGAGCACCGUCCUCAAAGACAUCCUUAAACAACCAUUGUGGGCUGAAGCCGCUGAUAAUGCCGUGGUUGUGGAGGCCGACGCGUUCAAGGAGACGGAUGUUAUAUAUAAGGCCCUGAAUUCAAGGGGUAGGCACAGUGACAUGCUCCAAACUGCUGAGUUGGUUCACCAGUCAUCGACCGAUGCAGCGUCAUCACUUUUGGUGACUGCGCUUAAUGAAGGAAGAGACGUGAUCAUGGACGGUACGCUUUCAUGGGAGCCCUUCGUGGAGCAGACUGUCGCGAUGGUCCGGAAUGUCCACAAGUCUCGUUACCGGAUGGGGGUCGGAUACAAGGUCGCCAGCGAUGGCACCAUCACCGAGAACUAUUGGGAGCCAAUUCCAGAUGGUGAAGAAGGAGAAGAACAAGGAGAACAUGGUAAUGAAGAGCUUAAUAGGAAGCCAUACAGAAUCGAGCUUGUCGGGGUUGUAUGCGAUGCUUAUCUAGCCGUCGUCAGGGGCAUUAGGAGAGCCAUAAUCACGGGAAGAGCUGUGAGGGUGAACUCACAGCUGAAGUCCCACAAGAGAUUCGCAGAAGCAUUUCCAAGGUAUUGCCGACUCGUCGACAACGCCAGGCUCUAUUGCACCAAUGCCAUGGGUGGCUCGCCUUCGUUGAUGGCAUGGAAAGAUGGGGGAAACAAACUACUUGUUGAUCCACAAGAGAUCAAGUGGUUGACCGCAUUGAGCAAAUUGAACCCGGACGCGGAGUCCGUAUACGAACUCUACCCGGAUCCGAGCCCAAUCUACGGACCCGGUUCGGUUUGGAACGGCGUUCUUCCAUCGCCAUCAAAAGCGCGUCUCCUUUCCGAGUUGAAGGCCGUCGUUAAGAAGGUCGAAGACCAAAAGCGCUGAAAGUCUUGGUCUCGGGGUUUCAGCAAUCCCCCUUCUAAUCAAUGGCUGGCUUAUGUCAAACAUUUAUGCUUUGGCUUGUCUCGUCCCUUGUCUGUAGUUUGUACAUUGAUUUGAUGUGGGUGUAUUUGUAUGAGGAGGAAAAAACCCUGAAUUUGGUCGUCA